AUGUCUUUUUCAACUGGCACCGCAGAGGCACCACGCCCAAAAGAAACACAAGAGGAGAGAAGAGCUCGAAUUCGAAUGGAGAAAAGGAACAAGCCAAUCCUGCUUUCCCCUGCAUGCGGCGGUAUUCACUGGAACGAGCCUAUUGAGAAGCACAAUAUCACGGAAGGAAUCCUUAUUAUUGUUCAGUUUCAACUUCUUCAAGGCCUCUCAGUUAUCGACAUAUCCUCAAGGACUGGGAGAAUAUGGCUCGCUACGCUUGAAUACAUUUCGACUAUCCAAGGCUGCUCUAUAAAAUACUGGGGAACAGAGAUGGCUCAAGGUCAAGAAACAAUCUGUUUACUCGUUGAAUCAAAAAAUGCGAGGCAAUGGAGUAUAUUUCAGCAGAGUCUUGGGGUAACUUUGAUGCGGUCAGAAUUAUCCAGCCAACGCAGACCAACCAAUAGAUGCUUACGUAUCAGUCUACCCAAUCAUGUAGAACAACUGAACAAACUAGAGGUCCUUAUGUUCAAGUUCGAUAGCGAGGUCUUCGAACGAGCUGGGGACGAAGUGCGCGAGAUUGUGAAAAUUUGGGAAGGAAGAUGGAGACAAGAAGGAAAAGAAGCAUCAGGUAACUGGCUGGAGGAUAAUGGCCAUCCAUACGUGGCAGAGUGGGCAGAUCUAAUACCUGCAGCUGUGGAAAGCCAGGAUAGGAUCCUUAUGAUACUAGCUUGGAAUUGGGACGAAAAAUCAGUGAAUCUGACGGAGGAAUACACGAGAAAUUCGAAGGCUGAAUUCAAAGAAGAGAUAGCAGCUACAGGCGCAAAAGAGGUCGCAAUAAAUGAGUUCUUGAUUUCCAAGUCGGCCCAAAUCGAAUUCAAGAUCAAAAAGAACAGCCAAUCCGUCAAUACCAAGCCUCAAUUCAAUGUUGACUGCCUGGCUUUACUGCUGCGGGUUUCCCCUCUGCGACAUCAUAGCGAGACGUCUUCUGGGACGAAACUACGCUCUAAAGACAAGCACACUGAAUCAAUUUACGAUGCAGCAGUGGGUAGACGUCUAUUCCCUGGACCGAGCGGAGGCUAUUUGAAAAUGGGAGAUUUCCACACAAAUAUGCGUUCCAGUCCAGGAAAUGGUUUGCCAAAUAGAUUAAAUCGUUGCCCAGAUACAGAACUUCUAUGGCUAAAAUUUGAACCAGGAAAGGUUCAUGAUAAGAAGAGUAUUUCAGAGAGGCUCUUACAACUCAGAAAAGAGAUCGAUAUAUAUGUUGGAUACCGUGCUCCUCUCUAUUGGGGCCGAUCUGUGCAUGAUCCGGAUGAGUGGAUUUUGAUGAUAGAUUGGAAUAAAAGAAAAAGUCCGUACACGGAAGGCCCUGAUCCUGUCGACAUCACUUCGGAGACGAAAAUUGUUCAAGAUCUUGUCAACGAUUUUGUUUUUCUAACUGCCGCUCUGACAAGGGAGCCCGAAACCUUCAAAGUCGGGUUUCCUUAUCUCUCAAACCCUCGCAGAAAAGGGUUUCCAAUAAUGGAAGUCACGAGAUUUGAAGUAUCGAACGAUCCACGAACGCAGGCCUUCUUUCAAAGAUCUUAUGAGUUAUUUAAAACAGAGAAUAUGGGCCAGGAACAAACGUGGGUGACGUUGCUUCGCGAUAGUCCACCAGAUGCUGCUUCACUUCCAGCUACUGGUUCUCUUCCAGUCAAUUCAGCUGGUCGACAUAUAAUUCAUUUUUUUCACCAGUAUCCACCAUUAACUCCCUCUUUGGGUGCCGAGGCCGAGGAGGCCCAAAUCCCAAAGAAGUCGUAUUUCAGCGCAAUAACAAUGUGGAGGUCCUUAGAGGCAAUGCGAGAAUGGUAUACGGACUAUGCUAAUCAGUGUGGGAAUUACGAAGAACUGGGUCAUAAGGUUGACAGAUUGCGAAUGCUCUGCGGGGACCUUGAGCUAGUCGAUUCAAAGGUUUUUGAUAUGAUCGGAGAUUGUUAUGAAGCUUCAAAGGCACCGAUGCCAACGUCUUGGUCAACAACUGGCAUCCGGUGA